AUGCAGUUGCCCUCUCCCGGCAAAAACUCGACCUCAAUUUCCCCCCCUUUAGCUACAGACGAUGACACUCCGGAUCCGAUGCGCGAACGCGUGCAGGAAUUAGUGAACGAAUAUAUAAACCAAACCUUCACAACAGCAUCCUCCUCAAUCAGCAUCAACGGAAUCGAUUCAUCCUCGCCACAAUUCCCCUUCCCAGCCUCAUUCACCGCACAGGAAACAGUCGAGUAUGAACCCUACGACUCAGAGCUAGCAUCACGGGUCACUGCGCUCUACGCGCAAUUAGAAUCCCUCACCACAGGCGUUGCCCAACUACGACGAGACGCGCCCCGGAAGGCAGCAAAGGAGUAUGCGCAACAAUUGGCGCAAGUCAUGAAGACGGAGGAAGAAGCGGCAGACGAGGAAGAUGAAGAGAUUGACGAAGCUGGAGAAGCCGCGGGGGCGGGACAACAGAAUGGAUCUUCGACUGAAAAGGCCGAGGCGAUGGAUGUUGACAUUGACGAGGGGUCGGUUGCCAAAACACAGAGUCAGACACAAACGCGCUCUCGACGCCGUGGUGAUCGAAAGAGGCCACGCCCAGAAUGGGACUUGCAGAUACCGCUAGGCACGGAAGAAGAGACGGAUCGGUGGGCGAGUGGUGAUAUGGCAGAUGUAUAUGAAAAUGCAUUGCGGACACUGCAGCGGCUACAGGGCGAGGGGGCUGUUGACGGUGAACCUGGUACCGAAGGUAAUGCUCUGGCUACCACGGUGGGCAAGGCUGAGAGGGCCGGGCGUGCUGCUGAGGUGGUCGAGAAGAUGUGA